CGCGACCUGUUAUGGCCACCACGACUUCCGGGUUUCAGCAGUCUGGUCCAGAUCGUCCGCUUCUCCUCAGCCUCAACACACACAUUCAUUGUACAUGAAAACGGGGCAGGCGGAUCGCUCAUAUACAUAUGCACACACAUACACACACAUACAUACACACACACACACAUCCGCGCACUCCACGCACAGCAUCGAUCGUGGCUCCUUUAAGAAAAGCCUAAGCCAGAAUUAUCACCCCACCUCCUCUUGAUUUUCCUCUGGACGCUUUUUGCAUAAGAAAAUCAAGCCGGGAGCGGAGAGUGAUCAAAGAAAACCAGAGGAGAGCUGCUUCAUUUUUUAACUCUGAUUGUGACCAUUAACAUUUAGGUGGUGCCGAUCCCGUGGAGGCGCGCGUCGGACCAUCCUUCAUCCGCUACUUUUGACAAGCCUCGCGCUCUGACUGACAGGCGGAGUGGCACAAAAAAGAAAGAGAAAGGCCAUGAGAGUUUCCAGUUUUGUUUGAAGAGGGGACAACUGAUUUCCAUUCUGGUUUUGGAAAAGGAGCCGGGUGCGUGCCGCCGACAGGAGAGCGGAGGACGGAGUCGCCGCGCCUGGGCUGAACUUGCACUGAGAGCGGGAGCUGCUGGCUCCACGGCUCCGUGGACAACAACCCAAAACAGAAAGCAGGAUUUUGGCUGAAGCCUCUUCUCGUUUUUUGUCUGGAUUUUCUUUCUGUCUUUACGCUGGCCCCAGAGGGGAUUUACUGAAAGCACGACCCCGGGAGUGAGGAGGGUUAUGGCUCAACGGUACGAAGACUUGCCCCACUACGGGAUGGACGGUGUGGGCAUCCCGACCACCAUGUACGGAGACCCGCACGGCGCGCGCUCCAUGCAGGCCGUGCACCUGAACCACGGUCCGCAGCUGCACUCCCACCAGUACCCGCACACCGCACACACCAACUCCAUGCCCCCCAGCAUGGGCUCCUCCGUUAACGACGCUCUCAAGAGAGAUAAAGACGCUAUUUACGGGCACCCCCUGUUCCCUUUGCUUGCACUGAUUUUUGAGAAAUGUGAAUUAGCGACGUGCACCCCCAGAGAGCCCGGAGUGGCGGGAGGAGACGUCUGUUCAUCGGAAUCUUUCAAUGAAGACAUAGCAGUGUUUGCAAAACAGAUUCGAGCUGAAAAACCUUUAUUUUCAUCAAAUCCAGAGUUGGAUAAUCUGAUGAUUCAAGCCAUUCAAGUUUUACGAUUUCAUCUUCUGGAGCUGGAGAAGGUACACGAGCUGUGUGAUAACUUCUGUCACCGGUACAUCAGCUGCUUGAAAGGCAAGAUGCCCAUCGACUUGGUCAUAGACGACCGAGAGGGGGGGUCCAAGUCAGACAGCGAGGAAAUCACAAGAUCGGUGGCUCUAGAUCAGACGUCCUGGAACAGAGAUCACGAUGACACGGCGUCCACGCGCUCGGGAGGAACACCGGGACCUUCCAGCGGCGGGCACACGUCACACAGCGGAGACAACAGCAGCGAACAGGGUGACGGCCUGGACAACAGUGUGGCUUCACCGAGCACGGGGGAUGAUGAUGACCCGGAUAAAGAGAAGAAACACAACAAGAAGAGAGGGAUUUUUCCUAAAGUGGCCACCAAUAUCAUGAGAGCAUGGCUUUUCCAGCACCUAACACAUCCCUACCCAUCAGAAGAACAGAAGAAACAGCUGGCACAAGACACAGGCCUCACUAUUCUACAAGUGAACAACUGGUUCAUCAAUGCAAGGAGGAGAAUAGUGCAGCCUAUGAUCGACCAGUCAAACCGUGCAGUAAGUCAAGGAGCGCCCUACAAUCCAGAUGGCCAGCCAAUGGGUGGCUUCGUCAUGGACGGCCAGCAGCACAUGGGAAUCAGACCACCUGGGCCGAUGGGUGGAAUGGGCAUGAACAUGGGCAUGGAAGGCCAGUGGCACUACAUGUAGCCCUACCUGAGCCUGAACAAUCACAACACAAAGGGAAAUAGCUGCAGGGGAAUCGUGUCUCACCGAGGCCCGCGGAGCUCGGGAAUGGGAUGCCCAGACUUUCUGAUGACGACAACCAACAACCCCAAGAUAAAGGAACCAACUGCAUUUUUUUUGGCUGACGCCUGAAACAUGGAAGCCUUCCAUAACUGCUUACAAGCUUUCGAAGAAAGUUGAGAGCGGAAAAGACGAGAACCACCUCUUGACAGAUUCCUGCUUCUUCUCUGGUUGCCACCGGACUUCACCCCGCCUCCCCCACACUCCCACCCCCGUCCCCGUUGCUGCCUUCAAGCCCCACAUGGAUUCCUCUGUCCAAGUGAUUGUGAUUGACUUACUGGGUCGCUUCGUUUCAGCGACUGUGGCACCUGGUGAUCUACUUUCGACUCUUCGGCAAACAAAAAGAGACUUCCUGUGCGAAGCACUCCACUCUUUGGGACGAUGGGAUUGGACCAAAGUGAAGCCAAUGUCUGUAUCUAAGAGGACGCUAGCAAAGCAAAAGAGGUGCCCUUUAAAACUAUUGUGGACAGAGACCUGGAAAGCAAGAGGAAAGAAAGUAAAAAUAUAAAACUAUAUCAAGUCUUUGUUUGGGGAGUGAGUGGAGAAAGAAAUUAUA